AUGGCGAUGGGUGACAUUCCUUUUCCAGAAGACGAUCCCCAUUUCAACCCAGUGACAGAAAGGCUGGCGGAGGGUCAUUUCUUCGCUACUCCAAAGUGGGAACUACUAGUCUCACUGCUUGGAAAGAUACGGCAUCUAGUGGAACUCAACUACGCGAUUGCCAAUACGUUUCCACGGGCCUUACUGGAAGCCCUGCAUCAAUACCACCCAACAUGCAAGCUCAACAUCCACGCUUUCUGCCUUACAAAUCUUAUGUCGUUGGAUGCCAGCGAGAUGGAUCUCAUCCAGUCCCCGUGUCUCCACGGAAUUCGUUUCAGUCCCUGGACUAAGAGUAAUGAUACCAGACCGGAUACUUACACUGAAACAAUCUACAGGAUUAUGUCUAUCGCACCUAAUCUCAAACAUUUCUAUGUUGAUAUUAGUCAGUCGCACUAUCCUCUUUCCAAAGCCACUCCCAAAGGAAAGGGGCUUGAUUCGUCGGUGGCGGCUUUCAAGAUGGGCAAAAUAAAGUCACUAUCAUUACGAUUCGAGCGGGAAAAAAGGAAGAUACUUCACGAAGCGAGUCGACAUACGGACUUUUCUGAAUUACAGUCGCUCGAUUUAGAUUCCGUGAUUGAUGAUGAUAUCCCAAGAGCACUUGCCUCGACAUAUUCUUUCCGCAACCUGCAGAACCUAUCUGUUACCAUUGACAACUCAUUGAGUGAAGAAGUAGCGGAGCUGAUGUUUACAUCGAUCAAUCCCUUGUCUUAUGUGAAUAUCAAAAGCCACCUGGGCCCCAGCAUCAUUGAGAAGAUCCUCACGCAUCACGGCCCGACAUUGCAAGGCCUGGUGCUUCUUCCGGGACCAUAUGCUCGCUUAUCAGCUUGGCCGCCGAAAGGAGGUUGCUCUACGCAGGUGUUGCGAUACGCUAAACUCUGUCCUCGUCUAAGAAAGUUGCGCAUUGAAACCCAGCGCACAGCCGGAGGCGAAGAUGAAAUACGACUUUAUGAAGCGUACGGUCAGUUUCCUUCACUGGAAUUCCUCGCCCUGGAUAUGGAAUGUACUAUUUCCUACCAGCAAUCAAAUGAUCCCAAAAUAUUUGGGAUGCCUGCGGUCGCUGAAAUAGCAUUCAGCCUAAUACUGGAUCCGGCCCUAUGCCUCGCAAUAUGGGAUAGAAUUUCAUCAACACAGAAAUCCGGUCGGUUACGGAAGUUGGAGCUUUGUCCCCAAACACGCCGCAAGUUACCAUCCAGAUGCAUCGAUCCCCAGGCUCUCCAUACUGCGUCCAGUCUGAAGCGAUCAUAUCUUGUCCGACGAAGGAUUUUUGACAAACAAGAGCUCCCUAUUAUUAUCGAAAUCGAUGCGGCAAGUCAUUUGCCGUUAAACUCCCCGAACAAGCCUCUCAGACGUCCUCUGUGGUUCGAAGCAAUCCCCCAGCUUGACUUUGCAUUUGGGACCGUUGAACGGCCUAUGUACCCAUUAUAUUCAAAUUGGCGGUCCGAAUGGUUGAUGCGACCACUGCAAAGGCUCGCUGUUGAUCUUUUGACCAAGCGGCGCAAGAGGACCUGCGAGGCUGGGGAUAGUCAGCGUGAGACGAAGCAACCUCGCACAAUUGUACAGUGA